AUGGGGAUUCUCGCACUGCAUCUUGCUCUCAACCACCUUCCUGUACACUUUCCUGCCCGUCUCUACGUUUCAGAUUCCUUAUUCAACAUGUCUUCGUGGGGUGAUACAGCAUUUGGGACAUAUACCCGUCCCGUCUCGUUACUGCUUGGCAUUGAAGUCUCUCCUCUGGUUUCUCGGCUUACAUCAUCGAUGGAAGCCCUGGCGGUCAACGAAAUAGCCGUGGCAAUGGUCGAAGCCCCUUCGAUCGCGAUGUCCGAUGGCUUCGGUGAUGGGUCGACUUCUGGAGACUUGCAUGAUCGAGACUUCACUCCGAUCGACGCGGGCGGCGAGACGGUGCUGGCGGCCCCCGACGUCGACGAUGAUUUUGUGUGGCCAACCUCACCACGCCCAGAGCUGGUGUCGUUACCGGACGUAUCGUCCGAUGUUCAGCAGGGUGUCGGGUGCAACGAGCUCCCACCCAUUGAUAUCCGUCUGGUAGGUUUUGCCGAGCCUACCAAGGAUCUCAAUGCUGUUCCGGAGGCAUCUGGUAGCUUGCAAGAUACAUGCACACCCAUAGCAGAAUGCUUCUCAUCUAUAUUCCUUUCUGAUUGGUGA